AUGGGGAACUCGAGUAGCUCACAAAAGAUCUCUGCCCAGGAUCGGGCAAUCCUCGAUCUAAAAAACCAACGCGACAAACUGCACCAAUACCAACGAAAAAUAACAGUCCUCACAGACCGCGAAACAGCAAUCGCAAAAGAAUGCCUAGCACGCAACGACAAACGCCUAGCCCUCCUCGCCCUCCGCCGCAAGAAAUACCAAGAAUCUCUCCUAGCAAAAACAGACGGCCAACUUGCGCAGCUGGAACAACUGACAGGCGAUGUGGAGUUCGCGCUUGUGCAAAAGGAUGUCAUGUAUGGCUUACAGCAAGGGACUGCUGUUCUGAAGACUAUCCAUAAGGAGAUGGGGGGUAUUGAGGGGGUUGAGAGGUUGAUGGGAGAGACGGAGGAUGCGAGGGCUUAUCAGGAGGAGGUGAGCCAAAUGCUGGCGGGUCAUUUGACGAAUCAGGACGAGGAUGAGGUUGAGGAUGAAUUGGAGGCUUUGCAACGGGAGCUUGCUGGACCUGUUGUUUUGCCUAGUCCGCCUACUGCUGUUCCUGUUCCUGCCGAGGAAGCUGAGCCCGAGGUUGAGUUUAUUCGGGAGAGGAGAGAGGCCAAGGCUGAGACGAGGACGGCGUUGCCAGCUUGA